UGUGUGAUGGAACCCCUGAGGAGAGUGUGUGUGGUGGGCUCUGGAAACUGGGGUUCUGCGAUUGCUAAGAUCGUGGGACUGAACGCAGGACGAAACCCCAGAUUCGACCCUACAGUCACACUCUGGGUUUAUGAAGAGACGAUCAGUGGGCGCAAACUCACAGACAUCAUCAACACAGAGCACGAGAACGUCAAGUACCUGCCGGGACACAAACUACCCCAGAACGUGGUAGCGGUGGCGGAUCUGGCGGAGGCCGUUAGCGGUGCGGACGUUCUGCUGUUCGUGAUCCCGCAUCAGUUCAUCAGCAGGGUGUGUGACGCCAUGAGGGGGAGGAUCAAACCCGACGCUGUGGGGCUGUCGCUCAUCAAGGGGGUGGACGAGGGUCCUGAGGGACUGAAGUUGAUCUCACAGGUGAUUCGGGAGAAGCUGGGCAUCAGUGUGAGCGUGCUGAUGGGCGCCAACAUCGCCAACGAGGUGGCAGAGGAAAAAUUCUGCGAAACCACCAUUGGCUGUAAAGAUAAAGUCCACGGAACACUACUGAAGGAACUUAUGCAGACGGAUCGCUUCCGGGUCACCGUGGUCGAGGAGGCGGACGUGGUGGAGAUCUGCGGGGCGCUAAAGAACAUCGUGGCGGUCGGUGCAGGCUUCUGCGAUGGUCUGAACUUCGGUGACAACACCAAGGCGGCGGUGAUCAGACUCGGCCUGAUGGAGAUGAUCUCCUUCGCUCGGGUCUUCUGCUCCGCCGGGCCGGUCUCCUCGUCCACCUUCCUGCAGAGCUGCGGUGUCGCCGAUCUCAUCACCACGUGCUACGCAGGACGGAACCGUAAAGUCGCCGAAGCGUUCGCCAAAACUGGGAAGACAUUAGCGGAGCUGGAGAAGGAACUGUUAAACGGUCAGAAGCUGCAGGGUCCGGCCACCUCCUCCGAGGUCCAUCUCAUCCUCAAAAACAAAAACCUGCUGGACAAAUUUCCUUUAUUCACUGCGGUGUACGAGAUCUGCUACGAGGGCCGACCGGUUCAUCAGUUCAUCAGCUGCUUACAGAAUCAUCCAGCUCAUCUCUGAGAACCAUUAAAGGACUGUGUGUGUGAGUGUGUGUGUGUGUGUGUGUGUACAAGGGAUCUUCAGAAAGUUUCCUCACUUGUAUAUUGUGGUUAUGCUCGGUGAGGGUGGAGGAGAAAUCGCUCGUGUCUGAGAGACGCUUAUAGUCCUGAUUUAGCUCCAUCUGAUCUCCACCUUUUUGGAGGCUGAAAGAAGCUUUAAGGGGAAGAAGAUUUAUGUGAUGAUGAUGUGAAAGCUGCGGAAAUAUAAAAGUAAAGAUCCCUCGCAGAUAAAAAAUACUAUUAGUAGUUACAGUAUAUUUAAAUUUUCCAGGAUUCUGAUUAAAAACAAUAAAUAUUUAAAUUUAUAA